UCUAAUUCUAUCCUGUGGGGGUUAUUGUUGCCGUCUUCACACCUGGUCAUUCAUACUUCUCUUUUAUAAACGAGUAAGACCGGGACUAGCAGUUCAUUUAAACUAAAGAUAUGAAGCUGUAUUUGCUGUUAGCUGUUACCCUGAUGUCCCUUCUGACAGAGGUGGUACAUGGGGCAGAAAAGAAAAAGCUUCAGAUUGGGAUAAAGAAAAGAGUGGAAAACUGUCCCAUCAAGUCACGGAAGGGGGAUGUACUGAACAUGCACUAUACUGGUAAACUGGAGGAUGGGACAGAAUUCGACAGCAGCAUACCAAGGAAUCAGCCCUUCACCUUUACCCUUGGUACUGGACAAGUGAUUAAAGGAUGGGACCAGGGACUGCUAGGAAUGUGUGAAGGGGAGAAAAGGAAGCUGGUCAUUCCAUCUGAACUUGGCUAUGGAGACAGAGGUGCACCACCCAAAAUACCAGGUGGAGCCACACUCAUCUUUGAAGUAGAGCUGUUGAGCAUUGAGAGAAGAUCCGAUUUAUAAUCUGAACUCGUUUAGACUAUAGGAGCACUGAUUUUGAUGGGUCUGCAAAAGCUGCUCUGAAGGCUGUAGAAAUGUAGGAGAAAAAGUUUUUCUAGGUUAACAUGUUAAGGUAAUAAUCACACACAUACCUGUACAUUAAAUUUUGAAAUAUGUCUUAAUUAGGUGUAAAAUCAUAUUUCCUUAAAGCCAGUAUGUUUUCAGCACCAUUCUUUAUUUUAUUAAGAAUCUUACUACACACAUUUGGUUGUGAGAGUGCAUACAGCAGUCAUUCAUUCCAGCAACAGGAAUUGUGUUUACUUUUUCUUUGUAAAAUGUUGUGUACAAAAAUGUCAGGACUUGAUUUAUCAGAACUAGACAUAAACUACACAAUGUCAA